AUGCCCAACCCAAACGGUCAUCCGAAAUUAAAAUCCAAAAAUCUUAUUCCCGACUACUUUUCUCCAACUUCCAACGCCCUUAGUUCCUCAAUUCCUACUCCCCAUCACUCCCCUUUAUCGUCUCCUAUUAUCACUGGGCCGAAACCUCCGUUCCUGCAUCCCCCUCCAACUCAACCUUUAUCCUCCACUUCCAUUUCAACUCCACCCAUCAUUGGUAAUCCCAUGCUCAAGUUCAAAAAUAAGUUCAAGUUCGGUUCCUCGGAGAAGGACGCUGCGACGUCCUCCUCGCCCCGUAACUCCUCGGAAUCUCGUGCCAGCUUGCCGAAUUCCACGGCAUCACCUGUUCCUGAAUUAGCCAAGCUCAGUCUUCACGACUCCUCCGCCACCCUGCCCGCCACCUCGUCACCUGCCGCAUCCAAGGAGGCCAUCGACGUGGCUUCGCCCGCCGAGCCGCCGCUGCCCACCAUCUUGGCCGCCAAUCCGGGCGUGCUCAUUGUGAAAAUGUACCGGUCGCAGAACGUCACCCUUCCGAUCAGCAUCAACAACGAUAAACAGAUCUUGCAGGCGUUGGCGCUCAACACUAACGACGCAAACGUAUCCACGCUAUUGUCCAAAAGACUUGCCGAUUUGGUCCAGGCCGAGCUGGGUGCGUCUGAUCGUAAGUCCUCAGACUCUUCUCCAGACCUUUUGCCUGGACAUGUGGCGUCCACCGUGAUUCCCUCCAACAUUGACAUUCCCAACAGCAACGGCGAGCGCGUGAUCAAGCCGUUGCUCUUCAUGACCGUAGAAUUCGACAACAAUAUGAUCAUGGUGGAGUCUCGUAAAGGAACCGCAGACCUGUGCCAGUGGGACCGAGUCAUGACGUUUGACGUUACGAAAAUGCUGGCCCAUUCGCAAACAAGCUCAAACUUCUUGAAUAUCAACAUGUAUCUUCGCUUGCCGAACCGCUUGGUGCCUGCUGCCGAGAGACAGAACAACCUGAAUAUGUUCACCAUGAACAACUCCAACACUUUUGGUGACUUGCAAGUCGGUCAAAUCAAGUUGCCAUUGAACUUAAAAUGCCACUCCAAGCCCAUCCAGACGGUACUUUAA